UUGAGAUUAGGAUAAUUUAAUUAAAAUGAGUAGAGGAAGUCAAGGUCAUGAAUUCUAUAUCACACUCUUUUCCCCUGAAGGUAGAUUGUACUAGGUUGAAUAUGCCUUCAAAGCUGUGAAAACAAGUGGAUUAACAUCAAUAGGAGUCAAAGGCACUGAUACAGUUUGUUUGAUUACAGAAAAAAGAGUGCCAGAUAAAUUAAUUGACGAGAAGUCUGUCACAAAUCUAUUCAAUGUUUCAGAGAAGAUUGGUGCCUUGACUACAGGCAUUCCAUCAGAUGCAAGAGCUCUUGUUACAAGAAUGAGAUAUGAAGCAGGAGAAUUCAGAUUGAAAAAUGGUAUUAUCAUUAUUCACACUUUUAGGUUACUAUUGUCCUGUUGAUGUAUUAUCAAAGAGAAUGGCUGAUUUAGCUUAAACCAAUACUCAGUAUUAUUAAAUGAGAUCAUAUGGUGUUGAGACUAUCUUGUGUUAAUUUGAUGAUGAAUUGGGUCCAUUAUUAUAUAAACUCGACCCAUCAGGACAUUACAGCGGAUAUAAGGCAACUGCAAGUGGAGUCAAAGAACAAGAAGCAAUCAACUACUUGGAAAAACAAAUCAAAAAAAAAGCAGAUUUAAAUUAUGAUGAAACCAUUAUGCUUGCUAUAUAAACAUUAUAAAAUGUAGACUCUACUUUUAUAUAUAGGUAAUUUCAUAAGACUUUAAACCCACUGACAUUGAAGUCGGAAUUGUGACUAAAUAAGACAAGAAGUUCCAUAAAUUAACCAACGAACAAGUUGAUCAUUAUUUGAAUUUAAUAGCAAAUAGAGAUUGAAAAAAUCUAUUAAAUAGUAUUCCAUAAAUUAAUAUUAAUAAG